GGUGGUGGUGGAACCGAACCCGCGCUCCGCGCUUCCCUUCCGUUGUUCCUCGCACACCACACCACGACGCCACCACGCCACGACGCGACGACCCUGUCCAUGUCCUCCUCCACCUUGCCCUUGCCUGCCUCGGGCUUCCUAUAUAUAACUGCCCUCCUCUCGCACCCACGGCGCCAUUACGGGCACGGACACCACCCCCCCUCUCCUCUCUCUCUCUCUCUCUCUCUCUCUCUCUCUCUUCUCACCACCCCCGAAGAACUGCAAACUGCACCACACGGCUCGAUCCGCCAACGUACGGCUAUGAAGACGAGGCGCGGCGCCGGCUACUCCUGCCAUGCGGCUGGAGAUGGCCAGGAGGCCGUGCACCGCCGGAAGAGGCGCAGGACGGCGGCCGAGUGUUCGCCGGCCGCGGCUGCCGGCGCUCCAGGUGUCCGCCUGGCGGCCAGAGACAUGUUCGAGGAGCUGCCGGACGAUCUCGUCGUCUCCAUACUAAGGGACGUCGCCGCGUCCGCCGGCUCGCCGGCCGAUCUCGCCGGUGCCAUGCUCACGUGCAAGAGAUUCAGGGAGCUCGGGCAGACCAAGGUGGUGCUCGCGCGGGCGUCGCCGCGGUGCCUCGCGGUGCGCGCCAAGGCCUGGUCGGACGACGCGCACCGCUUCCUGCAGCGCUGCGCCGACGCCGGCAACCUCGAAGCCUGCUACCUUCUCGGCAUGAUUCGGUUCUACUGCCUGGGAGGGAGCCGCGGGUCGGGCGCGGCGCUGAUGGCGGCGGCGGCGGUGGGCGGGCACCGCGAGGCGCUCUACUCGCUGGCCGUGAUCCAGUUCAACGGCAGCGGCGGCGGCAAGGACGACCGCGACCUCCGCGCGGGAGCCGCGCUUUGCGCGCGCGCGGCGUCGCUGGGCCACGUCGACGCGCUCCGCGAGCUGGGCCACUGCCUCCAGGACGGCUACGGCGUGCGCCGCUCCGUGCUGGACGGGCGCCGCCUCCUCAUCCAGGCGAACGCGCGCGAGCUCGCGGCCGCGGUGACCGCCUCUCCCCCGGUGGCAGCGGCGGGCGUCGGCAGCGGCAAGACGACGUCGGCGGCGCCGCGUCGGCACUCGUGCCUCCUGAGCGACUUUGGGUGCCGCGCCGCGGGCGGGGAGGCGCACGCGGCCAACCGGUUCCUGGUGGACUGGUUCGCGUCGCGGCCGCUCGGUGCCCCCGCGGCGGCGGCACCCAGUGGCAACGGCAACCCCGCGGCGGCCUCGCCGGAGGAUGAGGAGGAGGAAGCCGGCGGCGCGCUGCGGCUGUGCUCGCAGGCGCUGUGCGGUCGUCCCGAGACGCGGCGGCACGAGUUCAGGCGGUGCUCGGUGUGCGGCGUGGUGAACUACUGCUCCCGCGCGUGCCAGGCGCUGCACUGGAAGAUGGCGCACAAGGCGGAGUGCACGCCCGCGGACCGGUGGCUCGACGUCGCCGUAGGCGGCGGCGUCGGCGGCGGCGCCGCGGUGCAGCCCAACGCCAACGCCAAUGCCGACGCGGCGGCGGCCCCGGCUCCGUGACGCCCCGUGCGCACGCGCGCGCGGCGGGGCGGGGCCGGCGUCGUCAGUUUCCUCUCGCAGCAACGUCCAGUUUUUACUGCUCCCCCCUGCCUUCCGUCCGUUCUUUCUCUCUCUCUCUUUUUUUUUUCUUGUCGUUUCUCGCCCUCCAUUUCUCCUCUGUACUACCUGUGGACGUACGUACAUGGUUGGUUGGAAGUGAGCAUGGCAUGCUGAGGUAACAUUAUUGGCAAAAAGUGAGCGGUAGUGAAAAAUUUUCACCGCUAGUCUGAUCCCGUGGUCCGUGACCUGCGAGUAAAAAGUCUCUUCCGAGAGCAGCACGGCUGGGCUGCCUCUGCCGUGUCCUGUUCACGCACGGAGGAAGCGAGAGCGAGACGUGACGUGAGGUGGAAACCCCACUUGUCGUUGU